AUGACGGGCUCAAAGCUUACCAAGAAACAGCAAAAGGCUGCUCACUUCAAAGCUGGCAAAAAGGGCAAAGCUCUCGAAGAUCACCCCGCCACCCCAGAUGACGUUCCUGAGGAUCCUCCUGCCCCUACCACUGCACCGGAAGCAUCCACCUCUUCCAGCGUCGCUAAAGCUGAGACAUCGGUAGAAGAACCAGCCAAAGAGGAAAAGCGAAACAAGAAGCGCAAGCGUCUAGCUGCUGAAGCGGAAGCUUUGGCGCAGGUACAGGCUGAAGCUGGCAUCACCGCGGAAGAUUCACUUAAGAAACGGAGUCAGGACGACAGCAAACCGAAAAAGAUCAAAGCAGCAGCAUCAUCGAAAGUCAAGGUCGAAGCUGUGGCGAAAGCAAAGAAGACAACCUUCGGAGACGACGGAGAAGUAGCUUCGCAACAAGCUGUCCAACCUGAGGUUCAAAGCUCUGCAGAAACCUCUGCAAGGGGGAACAAAUUCAUCCUCUUUGUGGGAAACAUGGCCUUCACCACCACAUCCGAAUACAUCUCCAAGCACUUCGGCCAAGCAUGUGGUGAAGUACCCACAGUGCGACUACUGACACGCAAAGCUGAUCCUAAUGCACUCGCCUCUUUGUCUGCUUCGAAACGCAAAUCCAUCGCCAAGGGUAAAGCGCUCGACCCAACGAAACCACAAUCCAAAGGAUGUGCCUUUGUCGAAUUCAAAACCUCUGAAGCGUUGCGCAAAGCACUCAAGUUUCACCAUACGCUGCUAGAAGGCAGGAAGAUCAACGUGGAGCUCACUGCUGGCGGUGGGGGCAAAAGCGAGGCGAGGCAGGAAAAGAUCAAGGAGAAGAAUGCAGGGUUGGAAAAAGAGAGACAAAAGUUGCAUGGCAAGUACGUCGCGCCGAAGAACGAAGCGAGGAAACAACAGACGAGGCGUAAAGAUACGGAUGCAGGCCCAGACGAUGGUGAGAGGGCGAGCAAGAAGAGCAGAAGGGAUGGGGAUGAGCAGUCGAACAGAGGGUGGGGUAGAAACGGGGGCAAGGAGAGUAAGAUGCCGAAGUUCAUGGCGACGGGAUCCAACGCUGUACGUGUUGCACCUACUUCGUAG